GCGGGGAGGGAAGGAGGGGACCGAGUGAGCGCAGCACCGCCCCCGCCGCACGCCGGGCCGGGGCCUGGCCCUGCCGGCUGCCGCUGCCUGCCUCCCCGGGGCCGGCCGCAGGGCGGGGAGCAAAGGGGUGCGCCGAGGUUUUUAAGCUGACUCACAGCCCCAAGUAGUCACUGUCCCAGGAUGACCUUUGUCCAGCUGUUCCCUCUCUGUUCUGCUUUCCUGCCCCUUGAAAUCUUCUCUCCAAUUGAGGUCCAGCGCAGCUGCGAGCUGUCUUCCUGCACACAGAGCACGAGCAGAGGAAGUCGAAGACGGUCACACAAGCCAACAUGAAGGUGGAAUUACUCCCAGCCCUUACAGACAACUACAUGUACCUCCUCAUUGAUGAGGAAACGAAGGAAGCUGCAAUAGUUGAUCCUGUGCAGCCCCAGAAGGUUUUGGAUGCAGUCAAAAAGCACGGCGUGAAGCUGACCACCGUCCUGACCACACAUCAUCACUGGGACCAUGCUGGAGGAAAUGAGAAGCUCGUAAAGAUGGAGACGGGGUUGCGUGUAUAUGGGGGAGACAGCAGAGUCGGAGCACUGACACAGAAAGUGUCUCACCUUACAUCACUCAAGGUGGGAUCUCUUAAUGUGAAAUGCCUCUGUACGCCGUGUCACACUUCUGGACACAUCUGUUAUUAUGUGACUAAGCCAAAUAGCUCCGAGCCACCUGCUGUUUUUACAGGUGAUACGCUCUUUGUGGCUGGUUGUGGGAAAUUCUUCGAGGGAACCCCGGAGGAAAUGUACAGAGCGCUGAUUGAGAUUUUGGGCAGCUUGGACCCCAAAACGAGAGUUUACUGCGGUCAUGAAUACACAAUCAACAAUCUCAAGUUUGCUCGGCACGUUGAACCCAAUAAUGUCGCUAUCCAGGAAAAGCUUGCUUGGGCCAAGGCAAAAUAUGACAGUGGUGAGCCAACCAUACCCUCCACCAUUGCAGAAGAGUUUACCUACAACCCGUUUAUGCGAGUGAGGGAGAAGACAGUUCAGCAGCAUGCUGGGGAGACCGACCCCAUCCGAACAAUGGGGGCCAUCAGAAAAGAGAAGGAUAACUUCCGAGUCCCGAAGGACUGAGCACUCUGCCUGGAUCACUUUAAUGUCAGUUUAAGUGUAAUUUAGACUAUUCAGAUGUUUUAGGAGUUGAACCUUCUGUUGUGGUUGAGACAGUCGUAUUUAGGUUUUUAUUUUGUUUUAAUUAAGGUAAAAAAAAAAGCACUUUGCCCUUUUGAGAUGUUCUACAGCAUAUUUAUAUUAUGAUGAAGAAUAUUUAUCCUUCUAUUGCUGGCUCUCAAACUGUCACAUGUCACAUGCAGAUCAUUUUACAAGUGUUGGUAUGUGGCUCAGAGUCUGGGGUGGGGAAGGGUCAAACCCUGAGGGUCUAGGAAGAAGCUCCUGUUAUUUUUGUAGGAGCCUGAUGUGAAUGCAGACAGUGGGACUGGGGCCUGAGAUGUCUUCAUUUAAAACAGAGACAAAAUGCAGUAAAUACAGUACCAGGAACUUUUCUUCCAUGCUGCUACUUAAACUUCUGUCACUUCUGGCUCCACUGCAACCAGCACUCUGUGACAGACCUGCUUUGCCACCACCACUUCAAGGCUUGGUUUGUGAAGUACGCAGCGUGGUCUCUGGGAAUGGCACACAGGGACUGUCCAGCUUUUCUCUUCUCUCUGACAUUCCCUGUCAUGGACUUGCAGUAACUUUUCCAGGCAGCAUGCUGGCUUAGAGAUUGCACUGUUGCUUACAUCCUUUCACUCUUAACUUAAGCCUGUUUGCAUGUGCCUGCUUACUGCUCUUAAGUGUGAUCUGUAUGUUACUUGUAUUAGUACCACACAAACAAAGAAGGGAUUUGCUGGCUUAAAAUGCUGAGAACUUGCCCAGUGACGAACUGCAUGUCUAACAGCUGAGCAGCGAUGAGAUUCCUCUGACAGAUGCUGUGUGCUGCUGGGAUUGAUCACCCGCCCUGCAGCCUCUGCUUGUCCAGCCUCUCUGCUAGAAAGGCCACAGAGGUGAUGUUAUAAAUGGUGAGGGUGUGCACGUAUUGCCAGAUUAAACAGGGCUCAGGUCUCAGACCCCCUGAGAAACCACAUUAGUUCUUUUUCUUGGUUGGUCCAUCGUCCUGGACUAGUGUUGUGUGACCCCAGUCUGCAGCCAGCUUGAAGACUGCAGGGAGGGAACUUCCCCUUGGGCUGUUUUUCUAAUGUGGAACAGUGUGUUGAAGUGGAUGAAUGGGGUGAACUUUGGGGGAAAAUAAAUCCAGAUUUUCAGUGAGUUGGCCACCCCGCUCCUGCACUUCCCACCCUCCAGCUCGGUCUCUUUAAAUGUGAGUGAAGGGUGGUAGGACCCUGCCUUGUGGGCUUGGCAUCUGCAUCUUUAAUGCGUCUUCUUCCUAAUUAUAUUUUCUUCCUUGUUUCUUGGUCUUGACUGCAUACUGCAGAUCUGCUCAAGGACAAGAGAUUUUCAAACAAAUGUUUUGCAGCUGAAACUAACAAAAGAUUCAAACGAUUUUGGUUCCAGUUUCUCCCCCUCUCCCCAGUGCACGUUGGUAAGUAAUGCCACAAUGGAGUCUAUAAUCACCUGGGUGUCACUGCUGUAACUUUGGUCUGCUGUUCCAACCAACACGCUGAGUGGCAGCGUAUGAGCGGGAUUUGGUGUAGCACCAUUUCUUUAUUUACUUUAAAAAGGUAAAUUUUAUGUAGUUCAGAAAGAAAAGUGGUACCUAAAACUUACUGCCUCCUUAACUUGAAUGCUGUGCUGCUACAACAGAGCAUGACUGUACUGAUGGCUGUUUGACGAAUGAACAAAUAAAUAACAGCUGUAAACCGA